CGGGAGGAUGAACUUCCUGUAGUAAAUAGAUUUGCCGCCAUCGUGAAAGCUAUGAGAUAGAUAGGACCGAGAUAAGUCGCCCGGCGGACAUCGAAUCAACGCUUCGUCACUCGACCAGAGUGAAGACUACCAUCAAUUCUGAGAUAACUCCGAAUAAACUGGCAGCGGAUCAGGUGAUGCGAUGGCAACCAAGACUGGGAAGCCAGCAACCAUAAAAGAAGAACCAGAGCAUGUAGAAAUGCAGGUGAUGUUUAGAGGAGGAUCUAAAGCUAGUAGCUCUCAAAGAUGUAAGCAGGAAAGGGGGACUGGAAAUCACUACAAUCUGCUGCCAGAGAGAAGAGUAAAAGCUACUUCUGAUAAAACGCAAAGCAAAGCCGGCCAGUGCAAAGAGGGGAAUUUAAAACGCCUUGACCAAAUAGUGAUCCAGCAACUGAUCCACAUCGGAGAAAGUAAAAUUACCCCUAACAAACAGGAAAAUAGCUUCUGCCAGAAUGUAGGCAUCAACAGACCUCAAAUUCUCCAUUUAGGAGAGAAGCCGUAUCUCUGCAUCAUUUGUGAGAAAACCUUCCGCAAUCACUCAGGACUUAUGGUCCAUCAGAGAAUCCAUACAGGAGAGAAGCCGUAUAAAUGCCCGGAUUGUGACAAGAGUUUCAACCAGCGAUCCCAUCUCACCUCUCACCACGGGACCCACACAGGCGAGAAGCCGUUUAAAUGCUUUGACUGUGGGAAGAGUUUCAGUUACAACUCUGGGCUCAUCAUACACCAGCGAAUUCACACCGGGGAGAAACCGUAUAAAUGCUCCAACUGUGAGAAAAGCUUCAGCCAAAAAUCUCACCUCCUUUCGCAUCAGAGGACCCAUAUGGGAGAGAAAUCUUUCAAAUGCCCUGACUGCGGGAAAAGCUUCAGUUACAACUCCGGUCUCGUCAUACAUCAACGGAUCCACACUGGGGAGAAGCCUUAUAAAUGUUCUGACUGCGGAAAGAGCUUCAAUCAGAGGUCGCACCUUAUUUCUCAUCAAGGCAUUCACACGGGGCAGAAACCAUAUACAUGCCAGGAUUGUGGGAAGAGUUUUAGCUUCAAUUCUGGGCUUGUUAUUCAUCAAAGGCUUCAUACUGGAGAGAAACCAUAUAAGUGUCCCAACUGUGGGAAGAACUUCAAUCAGAAAUCGCACCUUAUUUCUCACCAGAGAAUCCAUAUUGGGCAGAAAACCUAAAUUCUAAAGGAAGUUCUAUAUAGUUUAUUAAUAUUAGCAUCAUCUUUGCUCUCUAAAUAGUAGCUUUUGAAGAACUAUGUGUCGUCAUCUGUGUGUCCAGAAGUAGUGGACUUGUUUUAAGGUUUUGAAAUUCUGUUUGUACUUUACAAAUUCAUUAUUUCAAAAUGUGUAGCAAAAAAAAAAAGUGGCAGCCAAGAGCAGUGGAUAGGACAAGAGGACUGAGGUCAGGGGUUAAAAAGACUACAAUAAGUAUAAAAAAUGCCAGAAAGCUUCAUGUACUUUAAUGUUCAUUUUUUCAAUUUUAUGAGAAAAUAAUACUCUAGUUUUAAAUGUAAAAGAU